GAUCGACAGAGAAAAUGGCGCUAGCCAGUUUUUUGCCUGCUCCAACACAGUUAUCACAGGAUCAGCUAGAGGCAGAAGAAAAGCUGAGAGCACAGAAAUCUCGUCAGACAGCUCUAGUGUCAUCACGGCGUGAACCACCUCCCUAUGGCCACAGGAAAGGAUGGGUUCCCAGAUCCCUCGAGGAUUUUGGAGAUGGCGGUGCUUUUCCAGAGAUACAUGUGGCACAAUACCCACUGGACAUGGGGCGAAAAAAGAAAAUGUCCAAUGCCUUGGCUGUGCAGGUGGAUGCAGAAGGAAAAAUAAAAUAUGAUGCUAUUGCUCGACAGGGACAAUCCAAAGAUAAGGUUCUUUUCAGCAAGUACACAGACCUGGUACCUAAAGAGGUGAUGGAUGAAGAUGAUCCUGAACUACAAAGACCUGAUGAGGAAGCUAUUAAAGAGCUCACAGAGAAGACAAGACAGGCUCUGGACAAAUCCGUGUCCCAGAAGAUUGCUGCAGCGAUGCCUGUACGGGCUGCAGAUAAACUGGCCCCUGCACAGUAUAUUAGGUACACACCCUCUCAACAGGGGGUGGCUUUUAACUCUGGUGCCAAACAGAGGGUGAUUCGGAUGGUGGAGAUGCAAAAGGACCCCAUGGAGCCACCUCGAUUCAAAAUUAAUAAGAAAAUUCCACAUGGACCUCCAUCUCCUCCAGCGACAGUAAUGCAUUCCCCCAGCAGAAAGAUGACUGUCAAGGAACAGCAAGAGUGGAGAAUCCCCCCAUGUAUUUCUAACUGGAAGAAUGCCAAGGGUUAUACCAUCCCACUAGACAAGCGUUUGGCUGCUGAUGGCCGAGGGCUGCAGACUGUUCAUAUCAAUGAGAACUUUGCUAAGCUUGCGGAAGCCUUGUACAUUGCUGACAGAAAGGCUCGUGAAGCUGUGGAGAUGAGGGCCCAGGUGGAGCGCAAGAUGGCACAAAAGGAGAAGGAGAAAAAAGAGGAAAAACUUAGGGAAUUGGCACAGAUUGCAAGAGAACGCAGAGCUGGGAUCAAGUCCCAUACAGAAAAAGAGGAUGGAGAAGCCAAAGAGAGGGAUGAUAUUCGACAUGAGAGACGCAAGGAACGGCAACAUGAACGGAACAUAUCUAGGGCAGCCCCAGACAAGAGGUCCAAACUCCAAAGGAAUGAAGAAAGAGACAUUAGUGAACAGAUUGCGCUUGGAAUUCCUAAUCAGAGGACAUCCAGUGAAAUCCAGUAUGACCAACGACUUUUCAACCAAAGCAGAGGUAUGGAUAGUGGCUUUGCUGGUGGAGAGGAUGAGGUAUAUAACGUGUAUGACCAGCCAUGGUUAGGCAACAAGAAACUGGCGCAGAACAUCUACCGUCCCAGUAAGAAUACGGACAACGAUGUUUAUGGUGAUGACCUGGACACAUUAGUGAAAACCAACAGGUUUGUUCCUGACAAGGACUUUUCUGGUGCAGAUCGCAGGCAGCGCCAUGAGGGGCCUGUGCAAUUUGAAGAGGAUCCUUUUGGUUUGGACAAGUUUUUGGAGGAGGCUAAACAGCAUGGAGGAUCUAAGCGUCCCUCUGAUAGUGGUCGGGCUAAAGAUCAUGACCAUGAUAUGAAGAAGCGCAGGAAGGAGUGAGGUGGCACAAUUGUUCAUUAAUGGGACUGUUAAGGACUAGGUUCAGGACAAUGGAGACCAUAUGUACAUAUUUAUUUUUGUUUAGUCCAGUAAAUGAGUUGUUUAGAAUUUGGAUUUCUGUGCUUACUUACAAAAAUGUUACUGCUGCGGGUAACUUGCACACUAUAACUGUAUUAUCCUAGUCCAAAACCUGUGCUUUUUUUCAGAAUUGUUGGUCCUUGCUUGAAUACAGGAUAUACUAUCAAAUUAAGAAACCGCAAGGAAUACAAUAGUUGCAGGAUAUUUUUCCUGGCGCAUUUAGUAAUAACAGGGGCUGUGCUGAACCUGGCACUGCAAGAAUGAAUAUUGCUGAUAUAUUUGGUGGAGUAUAAACACACUCAGAAGUUAAUUUAGGAUAUUCGUAUAAGUCGUCGUUUGAUAUGCUCUAUCUUCAACUAUUUUCAACAGUUGGAAAAAAAAAGUGAAGCAGCGAAUAUGUAGUGUGAAUAUUCUUUCAUUUGAUAAAUAUGCAAUAUCUUAAGUGUAUCUGGAGACUUUCCUAUAAUACCCCCACCAGUUUUGGACAGAGUCCCCUGUGUGACUUGCAGAAGAGGGGCCAUGCAGCCUAAUAACUAAUUGACACAGCUUGUUUCCCAAUAGAGUGGGGUUGGGAGGGUGGAGGAAUAAAUAUUUAUAUUCUUGUAGAUGACUUGGGUAUCUCUUAAUGGUGUCUGCAGCUAAAGAAGGCCAUUUCUAAUUCACCAUUGUAGAACUAUUUACUGUUACAACUGUGCUCGGAAACUUAAGUAUAUAAUCUACUCACCUUUACAUCUUUGAGUCAGAGUGUUAUUCUCAGCAUAGAAGCAAAAUCCCUUUUUGGUUUUCAGGGCUCAAUCAUGCAGUGCAUUCAAAUAACUGGCUAAUAUGUACCCUAAGCACACCAAUACUUUCAUGGAGCAAAAGCAGGUGAAUUCAAUGCAGAAUCUGCAAUCUUGGUAAGUUGCCUAGUGUAAAGAAGGUAAACUAAUUCAGGCCAUAUACAAUCCACAUGAGCUGUCUGUUAAAGCUUUAACAACAUAAGAACAAAUGUUGCAACUUCAAGCCUGCAAUAAAAAGGUUAUGAUUUUGUAUAUACAACUCUAGAAUCAUGCAAAGAGGAAAGUGUUUUUAUGGUGUUUAUUGAAGUUUUAAUCCACCAUACAAUAAAAUUUCUUGUUCAGCUC